UUAAAGAGCUUACACCAGCUAGGUGUUAUACGUGCUCACUCAUACAUUGCUUCAAUAUUCAACUCAGAAUCUUUCCUCAGCUGGACGUCAAGUACAGAAAUAUGAGCGACAAGCCCGUGAUUCCAGUCGUCGUAGGCGUAGAUGUAGGAGGGACCAACACUGAUGCCGUUGUCAUAACGAAGGACGUCGACAAGCCCGUGGUCAUUGCUGGUGUGAAGGAGCUUACCACCAGUGACGUGACUACCGGGGUGCAGAGAGCGGUCAGCAAGGUCCUGAGUGAAGCGUGCAGGUCUGGGACGUCUGUCGGUGUUGUCCAAGUCAACAUAGGAACCACCCACUUCGUAAACGCUGCAGUACAGGGGAGGGAUUUAGCGAAGGUGUCAGUUAUCCGUCUCUGUGGUUCAGUGUCAGAAGCUCUUCCGCCAUUUAGCGACUUUCCAAAGCAUUUGAAGGAUAUCAUUUGUCAUACGACGCAUCUUGUUGCUGGUGGGUACCGAUUUGAUGGAAGGGCGAUUGAUGAUGUCAAAAGGGACGAGAUUGAGAAGAUUGUGAAAGCAUCAGGAGACAUAGGGUUUGUUGUUUGUGGGGUUUUCUCCCCCAUUAGAUAUGAUCAGGAACUUGAAGUGGAGAAAAUCCUCAGGGAAAUAACGCCAGAUGCCAGCGUGACGCUAUCACACGACAUUGGUCAUCUUGGGUUGCUUGAAAGAGAAAAUGCUGCAAUUCUGAACGAAUGCCUCAAGCCACUUUGUCAACGAACAAUCGAUGGUUUCAGAGACGCCUUAGGAAAUAUUGGCCUGGACUGUCCUAUCUACCUCACGCAGAAUGACGGAACCAUCAUCAGUUCAGACAAGGCUAGACAAUAUCCGGUCUUUACAUUCGCUUCCGGGCCUACCAACAGCAUGCGAGGAGCAGCAUUCCUGUCAGCGAUAGAGGAUGCAAUAGUGGUUGACAUCGGAGGUACAACGACCGAUGUUGGUGUUUUGAAGAAUGGCUUCCCACGAGAAGCAUCAACUCAGGUCAAGAUAGGUGGCGUCAGGACCAAUUUCCGCAUGCCCGAUGUUCUAAGUAUUGGUCUUGGAGGAGGUUCGUAUGUAAUUCCUCGAACAAACGAGUCAGAUGGGAUCUCAAGCAUUGCCGUGGGACCAUUGAGUGCUGGGUUCAACUUAAAGAACGAGGCACUGGUCUUCAGCAGCGAGGCUGGAGAGGAAGGGAGAUCCAUCACAACAACAGACAUAGCUGUUGCUGCAGGUUUAGUUGAGCUUGGCAACAAGGACUUCAUACAAGGCAUUUCAGAAACUGUUGUAACGAUGGCGCUGGACCGGAUGCAUGAAAUGAUUGAGGCAUCUAUUGACAAGGUUAAACUGAGUGAUCAAUCACUGCCUGUAAUCCUCGUGGGAGGUGGCAGUAUCCUUGUGGACCUGAAGCGAAAUCUAACUGGUGCCUCUGAAGUCUUAAUGCCGCAACAUUAUGGUGUCGCAAACGCUAUUGGGGCUGCUCUUAGUCAGGUGUCAGGUAGUAUUGAUUACGUCGUCAGUAUAUUAGACAUGAUAGACAGGACAGCCAUGGACAAAUGUGUGGAGGAGGCUCUUGGCAGGGUAACAGAAGAUCCUGAUGGAAAGGAAAGCGAAAUGGCAGAAGAGCUUGCAAGAAAACCAUUCAUCGUUAAGGCAAGAGAUGAAGCCUUAGCCUCAGCUAUAACAAGAGCUACAGCUGUAGCAGUUGAGGCAGGGGCUGAUUCGUCCACUGUACACGUUGCAGAAAAACAAGAUAUGACGUUGUCCUACAUGCCGGGUCAAGCGACAAGAAUCAAGGUGAAGGUAGUUGGCGAUCUCGCGGACCAUGUGCAGAGAAAUGUCAAGGUUGAAAAAUGGCUUGCUCCUGAAGAUGAAAAUUUGGGAUCUCUAUCACUGAAAACUAUGCAUUCAAAACAAGAGGUGUCUGCUGGGGGAACUAAACUGUCCGGAAAGGAUGAUGGAAACGAUGCAACCAAGGUUCCCAUGGAUCCCACAAUUGACCCUGAAACUGGGGCGUGGAGUUUAUCAGAAUGGGACAUCGAAUGUAUUGUUGUUGGAGCUGGUAUUUUCGGAUGUGGAGGCGGAGGAAAUCCCCACCUUGGGAGGCUCCGCGCUUUAGAAGCUGUUCGGAGUGGGAAAGAAAUUAAAAUCAUAACCCCAGAACGUCUGCUGAUGAAUGCAGAUCCCGAAAACGAUCUCGUUAGCAUUGUCUGUUUUUAUGGAGCGCCACUGAUAAUGUAUGAACAGCUUGUGUCAUCUAAAGAAACAUCUGCAGCGCUGAGAUGUAUAGAGGAUGUAUUUAACAUUGGCCGGUUCCAAAACGGGACACUAGACAACAAGUCAGGAGUCACGAUUGAAGAGAAAGCUGGCAUGCGGUUCAUAAGUGAUUACCAACAAACGGGCAGUCACAACUCAGGUUCCCCUUCAGUCAAAGGAAAACAAAUCAAAGCUUUAAUGGCUGUUGAAAUUGGAGGAAUGAAUGCCAUUGAACCAUACCUAGUCGCUGCCGAUCUUAAUCUUCCCGUUGUGGAUGCUGACACAAUGGGGAGAGCAUUCCCGAAGCUCAGCAUGAUGUGCCCGUACAUGUAUGGCCUUCCUGCAUAUCCUACAGCACUGGUGGACGACAGAAACCGUCGGGCUGUGAUGCUAGAAGCUCCUACCGCAACUCUUGUUGAACAUCACUUCCGGGAUGUUGUGACCGAAAUGGGAUGUUCAGCUGGCUGUUCUUUCUCUCCUCUUGUCAAAGAGGAUGUUCUGACGAAAUGUGUCCAGCACACCAUCAGUCGCGCUUGGAGACUGGGAAACGCCAUCCUCCGUUCAAGAAUAGAGAAGACGUCGCCCAUUGAAGCAAUUCUUAAAACAGAGACAUCUAUUCAUGUCAUGAUUGGGAAGAUCAGAGAUGUUCAAAGGGAGACCAGAGGUGGCUACAACAAAGGUCGUGUCAUCAUCGAGGGGUUAGAGAAGUAUUCUGGACAAAAGGUACUCAUCAAUUUCCAAAACGAGAAUUUAGUAAUAAUACCUCUAGGUGAGAACAAUGACGAAGGUGACGUCAUUGCGUGCGUCCCUGACCUCAUUGCUAUCAUUGACGCUGAUACUGCUGAGCCAAUCACAACGGAGGAGGUCCGGUACGGCAUGAGGGUUUCCGUUAUUGUGAUAGCGUCUGCGGACAUACUUAGAACUGACACUGCCUUGAAGUAUGUCAGCCCGCAGGCUUUUCAGUAUCCAGAGAGUGUCAAAUUUCAACCAUUUGGGCAAAGCAAAGUAACCGUUCCAAUUCCACCAACUGAGUGAACAUGUCACAGACGUUUGAUACCCACAAGACUUUGAUGGAGUUUCCUUCUUUGUUCCUAUGCUAAAUCAAAAUGUUUGAUUACAUAUGUACUGGUUCCAUUUCCAACAGAAAUUAUCAUUGAUGCUAAGUAUAUGAAAUUAAGAGCUUUGAUUGAUUUGUAACAUUCGUCUGCUGAGACUCCAAGGUAGAACCUAUUGAAAUGAACCUAUUAAAUUCAUUAAUUC